GGAAACUCAUGGCGUCAGCAUUUUAACCUUGUUGAAAAUCGUGACGUCACGCACGAUAUAGCUUGUGCUAAGUUGCAUCAGGUUUUCUUGCAAUAUACUGAACAACUUAUUGAUUUUUUGAAUUAAAAGAAGAUUUACUUAAAAUUUUGAAAAAAUGGAAGUAGAAGAUAUUUUUGAAGAAUGGGAUGACAGUAAUUUGAUGGACAUGGUAGAAAUAAGUGAAGCCCUAUACGAUGAGGAAAAUGCGAUCGAUGAAUGCGAGAAAAGCAAUGAAAGCGAGGAAGAAGCGCACUCGGAAAGUGAGGACGAAAAUGUGAACUUAUUGCGUUGCAAGAAAUGUAGAAAGAUAUAUCGUUCAAAAAUAUGGUUUGCCAAACAUCAAAGCACCUGUGACGGCACAGUCUCAGCUAAGAAAAAACGCAGAAAGCAUCGCCCUAUGACCGAGCACCAGAUAAAAACAAGAGAAGUUCUAGCUGGCCUCGGAGCGUUGGACUACUUUGCAAAUGAUGGAUUACAGACUGUGUCAAAACUCCUCGGCGGAAUUUCCGCUACUUCAUCCGAUCUAGCUUUACUUAGGGGAACACGGUUUGCUAAUUUAAAGCUUCAGGCCAUUCAACUCCAUACACAAUUACAAGGCAGUCCGUCGACUUUUUCCGAUUUCUUAAAGAGUGUAACACAAAAACUGUGGGCAAUCAUCUUUGCUCUGGAUUUUCGUACGAGCUCUGCUGUGAGGCAGAAAUACAUAGCCCAGCAUUUAACGGAAUACAGAACCUCUGAACUGUUAAUUAUUUCCUGGUCCGAACUAUUGAGAGGGUGUGGCUGUCCUAAAGGAAAUUUGCUUUUGCAGAAAAUUAUUUCGGCGCUUUAUGAUAGUAUUAAUAAUUUCAGAUCCACUUCCGUUUGCAACGCUUUGAAUAUUAACGAGAAAUUCAAUGGAGAAACUGACAACAACAACACUCUUACGUCGAUAGAUCAAUCUAUUGUAGCUUACGUUGCUGGAUAUGUUUGUAGGAAAACAAGAGAUAAACUGCAACGAUACUGCAAAGCCAACGAACACUCCACAACACCAAACGUGCAAGCAAACUGUGAAAGGAACAGAGUCUUAAAGUCAUUUGGAUCUUCUGAUGAAAAACUUGAUUUUAAAUUUUUGAAUAAGCCUUCUAUUGCUUCAUCAUCAUCUGGCUGUAGGUUUCUCAAAAUGAAUCAAACAUUAGACGAACCUGACCUUUUAACAGAGGUUCCUGACAUUUUAAAACGACUGGUAUUAACUGUGGUGAAAACGUUUUAUGAAACAGAACAUGCGGCCAUAACCAAUCUUCUUGUAAAACACACUUGUCUCAAAGAGGAUGAUCUUUCCGACUUAAUGAAAUUUGACAAGAAACAACUCCGAAAUGUUCUGGCAAAAUUAAAGAACGACAAGCUAGUGAAGCAACGCGUUUAUAAGGGAAAAGAAGAUGACGGUUCAACCAUUACCUUCAACUAUUUUUUCAUUGAUUACAAGCUAUUUGUUAAUGUUGUGAAUUAUAAACUUCUUCAUAUUAGAAAUAAAAUUGAGCAUGAUGAACGCGAGGCGACAAAUAGGCCUUCAUUUGUUUGCACAGAAUGUGAUAAGAGGUAUUCUGACCUUGAUAUUAGUCGCUUGCACGACCCAUCAACUGGUCAACUCCUCUGUGAAUUCUGUGGUGGUCCAACUGACGAGGAUACGACAGAUGUUGAACAGAAACAGAAUUCUCGUUCAUUACUGGCUCUGUUCAACGAACAAAUGGAAUCGCUUUUUGUUUUAUUACGAGGCUGUGAAAACAUCAAGUUAGCCCCAGAGAUCUUGGAGCCGGCUCCGCAAUUAUGCAUGAAACAAUUGGUAACAAGAAACUCAUCAAGUGGUGGAACGAAACAGGGCUGGAGUAGCAAAAACCAAAUAAAUGAGAAUCUUUAUGAACAUGACAUUAAGAUCAAUAUGGGAGAUGAGAAAUUUGAUGAAGAAACUAGAAAAGCUAAAGAGACACCAGUGUGGAUUAGCCAAAGUACGGUUGCACCCUUUGAUGAUAAAGCGUAUCCUACUACCUCAACAGAAAGUGUUGAAGCUAUAGGAAUACCACAGACUUCAAAUCAUGAAAUUAUGAAGGAUCUGUUAGCACACGAGAACAAGAAAGCAAAGUUAAGUGAAAGUGUGAAAAGUUUACAACAAGAAUCAAGUGAUGAGUCUGAUACAGAGUUUAGUAAUGUUCCUGCCGAUUCUUCGCAUGUUGGGGGUGAUCAAGGUACACAUGGUGAGAGUGAUGAUGAUGAGGAUAUCACAGUGAAGAUUGGGGAUAAAAGCUUUGCACUUGAUGAUAUCACCGAUGAGAUGAUUGAGAAAAUGACACCAGAAGAGCACGAGGCAUAUAUGAAAGCAUGUCAGGAGGCAUUUAGUAAUCUUAGUCAUCUGUAUUAACAGGCAAUAAUGAUAGAUACAACCCUGCUGAAGAUAUUACAUGUAUUUCUGAAAACAGCUGUGUGUAUAAUGAACAACAAGUGUUGAUUGCUAGUCAAAUUAUUAAUGAAACAUAGGUUGUACAAAUGUUUUGAUAUAGUUUGUUGCAAUAAAAAAUUUGGUGUGAUGAAAUUAGAUACUUAAUGAAAUUAGAUACUAAAUUUUUUUUAUGAGAUUUAAAUGCAACUGCAUUUGUUUUUCAUGUAACAUUUGAAGUGGUUUCAGAGGAAUUGGUAGAGACUGACUGAGUUUGAUUUAUCGUUAAUAAAAACAGUUAUAAUUUAGCCUAUAAUUCAUCCCAUUAUAAAAGUAUUUCAACUGAACAAGUUCGCAUAAAUAUACUAUUUGGACAGAAAACGUUGCGAAAAGUAUGAAAGAAAUCUGAGCAUGGGACCUUUGCUUUUUUUUUCAAAUUUCUGUACACGUGUAUACAAGUGCUCGUUGUCAUAUGCAAAUGUGCUCUCGAGAAUAUUUACGUAUAUCUUUAAUUAAACAGAAGGACUAUUUUGCCGCAAAAUCGGGGAUGAAAAUAUUAAAUAAAUAUAGAAAAAAAGCAAGUUGAAUCAUGAAUAAUUGAACACAACUAAAGAGAAAAUCUUUUAGGGAAAUCUGCUCCGAAUAUGACGUAUACUGUACAUUGUGAAUGGCUGCCAGCGAAUAAUUUUUUGUUUCAAAUUGCAAACGUAUGGCUUGUUCUUUCAUACCUUUGUCCGCCGACACUGAACGGGUUAAUAUAUCUCAGACUUUGCCUUGGUUUAGCUGGGAUAUUCUUUGCUCUUUGGGGAUGGCUGGUAUUAUGUGCUCCGGACACAUUUGUGUGGAAUUUGUUGUUUUUUGUUGGAAAUUUUUUACACUUGGGUUAUAUUAUGUUUUCUCGUCGAAGAAAAACUUUUUCUCAUGAUAUGGAGGUAUUAUAUA